ACAUGACUUCUACCCAUUGCCAUAAGAUAAGAUGCACCCACCCCACCAUCUUAUCUCUAAACUCACCCAAUUUUCCACCAAAUUGUAGCCAUGGAUCCCAAGCUAGUCGAGCUCUACGACACCAUGGGUUUCAUACGCAACCCAGAUGGUUCAUUAACACGUAUUCGGGAAAACACCGCCGACCCAACCUACGCCGUUGAUCCAUCCUUAGUUCUAACCAAAGAUAUCUCCAUAAACCAAUCCAAAAACACUUGGGCUCGAAUUAUCCUACCCCGCCAGGCGCUUGAUUCUCCGCCCCAAUCCAAACUGCCCCUCAUACUCUUCUUUCACGGCGGGGGAUUUAUCGUGGCCGGCCCGGCCGAGCCGAGCUUCCAAGAUUUCUACCGCGCCAUGGCCACUCUAAUCUCCGCGGCGGUGGUCUCCGUCUCGUACCGCCGCGCGCCGGAGGACCGGCUGCCGGCGGCGUACGAUGAUUGCCUGGAAUCACUGCACUGGAUCAAAGACAGCGACGAUGAGUGGCUGAGAAAUUCCGUUGACUUCUCUCGGUGCUUUAUCAUGGGCGAAAGCGCCGGCGGGAACCUAGCCUACCGCGUGGGCCUACGCGCAUCGGCGAGUUGUGCGGAGCUGAAGCCUUUGGAGAUCAAAGGGCUGAUAUUACACGAACCGUUUUUUGGGGGGAUGGAGAGGACAGAAUCGGAAUUAAGAUCUGAGAAUGAUACGGUGCUUCCAUUGGAUCUGACCGAUCUGACGUGGGAGGUGGCACUUCCACUGGGCGUUGACCGGGAUCACGUUUACUGUAAUCCAAUGGUUGAGAUUAAAGCGAAUCCCGGGAUGUUUGAUGAGGUUAAGCGUCUGGGGUGGAGGAUUUGGGUGUCGGGUAGUAAGGGAGACCCGACGGUUGACCGGCAAGUGGAGGUAUUGAAUGCGUUGCAAAAUAUGGGAGUGAAAGCGGUGGGUCGGUUCAUUGAGGGAGGGCGACAUGGCAUUGAGCUUUCUGAUCCACCCAAAGCUAAGGAACUGUGCAUUGCGAUAAAAGAGUUUGUAGAAUCCUAAAUGCUUCUGCUGAAAUUAAACUUAAAUACAUCAUUUUAAUUAUUUACUGUGAAGUGUGUCCCACACGUUAUUGUAUUUGGAGGCCGGUUUUAUAUCAGAACAAGGAAAAUGGCAUGUCAUUCCUCCUACCUUUAUCAAAAUGUUUAGAGUUGGAGUGUACCAAUGAUACACAUAGUACCCUAUAUUUAAUUGGUCUAUUAUUUGUCAAAAAUAUUAAGUAAAUGUUGUUAGGAUGUUAGUUUUAUCAAUCACGGACUAAGUAUUUGGUACGUAA